AUGAAAGUACAUUAUAUUAAUAUAUUAUUGUUUGUUAUUCCAUUAAAUAUAUUGAUAAAUGACCAAAGGAACCAUAAAAGCACCACACAUCAUACAUUAAAAAUACCAAUCACUAGAUUAUUAUGCGAAUGUGAAUUAUAUACACCUGCCAACUAUGAUAAUGACCCACAAAUGAAAGAAGUUAUGGAUAAUUUCAAUCGUCAAACACAACAGAGAUUUCAUGAAUAUGACGAACGUAUGGUCGAAAAACGAAUGCAAUGUAAAGAUAAAUGCGAUAAAGAAAUCCAAAAAAUUAUAUUAAAAGAUAAAUUAGAAAAAGAAUUAAUGGACAAAUUUGCCACAUUACAUACGGAUAUACAAAGUGACGCUAUUCCAACAUGUGUUUGCGAAAAGUCUGUGGCGGACAAAAUGGAAAAAGGAUGCUUGAGAUGUGGAAGUAUAUUAGGUGCCGCGAUGCCUGAAAUGGGCUCGAUAGGUGGAAGUCUUUUAAGUGCUUUAAGUGCCUGGAAACCUGUGGCAAUUGAGGCUGCUGAAAAAGCGGCCAUAGCUAAGGCUACUGAUCUUGCUACGCAAGCUGGUAUGAGAGAAGUCGUCCUUAAAAUUGAGCAAUUUCUUAAGAAUUUUACUGAAAAAGAAGGAUUAGUUAACUUCACAUCAGUUGUUAAUAAAUCAAAUUUUAAAUGUCCUACUGCUCUAUUUCAAAAUGCUAAUGAACUACUAAGUGAUUCGUGUAUACCUGAUGAAGUAACUAAUAGGACGAGUACUUUUUGUAGUACGAUAGCCUACGGUGAGAAAACUACGUUUGAACCUUUCGCACAAGCUGGUGCUACCACAUUUCAGGAGACAUUGACAGCCAAAACACCAGUACUUCAAGCAAGAUACACAGCUGCAGUAAAAACUGCAUAUGGAGGUUACCAGACUGCUAUUAUUGCUUCGAUUGUUGCAAUAGUGGUCAUAGUUUUAAUUAUGGUAAUAAUAUAUAAGAUUUUACGUUAUCGACGAAAAAAAAAAAUGAAGAAAAAACUACAAUACAUAAAAUUAUUAGAAGAAUAA